AUGCAGUUCUUCAGUCCAUCGUCCCGUCUCUACGCGCUUGUCAUCGGAAUCAACGACUAUGAGCACACCAGAAAACUCAGCGGAGCCGUCGCCGACGCGGACGCGAUGGUACAGUUCUUAAAGACCUCCGCAGGCGCCGUGGACAGCAGGAUCAAGAAUCUACGUGAUCGGCAGGCGACUCGAAACAAUAUCCGCGAAAGCAUACGUCUCCUAGCUUGCUGUGACGAUAUCAGAAAGGACGAUCCGAUCCUCAUCUUUUACGCCGGACACGGAGGCGAAGCAAACCCUCCCACGGACUGGCCUUCUGGAGGCGCGGGAAAGAAGAUCCAAAUGCUUUUACCAUGCGACUUCGUGCCUCAUACCUCCAAAUCGGAGACCGGACAAGGCAUCCCCGAUAUCACCCUAUCCAUUCUUUUGACCCAGCUCGCGAAAGCCAAGGGUAACAACAUCACCAUAAUCUUGGAUUCGUGCAACUCCGGUUCGGGUACUCGGAAGGACUUUGAGGAUCAGUUGGUCGUCUCGCGCGGUAUUGAUAUUCCCGACAACUACGCUAUAUUGCCUACGCUGGACGAAGAUCUGUUUCCCAAAGAUAUCCCCCGCGCUACUGCUAUUGCGGCUGGAUAUGAGAACUCGGGUUUGGCGUCACAUGUCCUACUUGCUGGAUGCAGGGCCACACAAACUAGCAAGGAGGAUAACGGUCGUGGUCGGUUCACUAAGGCGCUGCUGGAAGUUCUAAACUCGGACGGAACGGACAAGAUGACAUACGAGAAACUCAUCGAGCGUCUACCUCUCCUUCCCGAGCAAGAUCCGCAAUGCGAAGGCAUACAUAAGUCGAGAAUCCUCUUUGACUCCAUGGUCCCUAUCAUGGGACGUGUUCUCCACCGUGUCACGGAGAAGAAGGCUGGACUGUUCGAACUAGAGGCUGGAGAGGCGUACGGAAUCACGGUCGGAGCCAAGUUCAACGUCUAUGCAAUCAAGGAUCCGAACUCUCGAUGCCUCGGUGUCCUCGCCGCCGAGAAGACUACCGCCUUUACCACCGAGUUACGUUUUAUUCCCGACGCCUCUCCCUUCACGCUCCAUUCGAAACCUGGAUACGCUCUUCAAACAUGGGUAGGCGAGAAGCAGGAUCUGCGUUUGUCCAUCGCGGACGAUGAUCGUCUCUUAGACGUCUACGAACGCACGAGGAUUGAGAUGGACAAGAAUCGGCUGGUAGGGAAGCGAGGAAUUCUGCUGGUGGAGAAGGACCAGUCCCCCGAUAUUGUUCUGACGAUGCAGGGCCACAAUGUCGCAUUCGAAAUCACGGACAAGUUCUGCGUCGACCGGGGGCUGGCGACCAUGCCUUUCGCCGUCAGCUGCGACGCCAAUGACGUUUUUCCUGUCAUUACUAGCGCUGCCGACUUCUAUUGGCAUCUCCGUCGCACUUCUUCUGACAGGCGCCUUACCAGCAAGAACAUGGUCCAGCUCGAGUGUCAUGAGCUAGAGGGAACCGACGAAUGGACUGAUGACCUCGUACCAAUUCUGAAAUCGAAGGGCGAAAAUAUUCUCUCACAAGGAGUUAUACACGUAGUCGCAGACAACCUCGCAGCCUACGGAUUCAAGGUCACAAACAAGACGAACCUACCUCUCUACGCCGCGUUGUUCUACUUUGAUAUGAGCGAUUUGAGCAUCACCUCGUAUUAUGAGCCUAACAAAGCUAACGACGGCAACGUUGACCCGUCGAUCCCAGCUCGCGGCUCUCUCACCAUCGGGUACGGUUCGGGUGGUUUUCCUCCUCGCAACUUUUAUCUGCGCGAUGAUCAAGACUUCGACAUCGGAUUCUUGAAGCUUUUCGUUUCGACAAAGCCAGCCGACUUCUCGCACAUCGCGCAAUCCUCGCCGUUUUCGCGUGAUCGUGGUAGUGCGCCGCCCUCGACGCCCAACCGUCUCUACCUGUGGGACUCGAUUCUCGUUGGCCUCGUCCAGCGCAGACCCACGAAAUGA